GUCGACCUGCGCGCGCCGUCGCCGGGGCCGGGGGCACUGAGCCCCGAGGCCGCCGGCUGCGGUUCCGCGCUCGGGGCGGCCGAGCGCAGCAGCGCGAGCUCGGCGCAGCACGCCAGAGACGCAGGAGCGGCGGCGGAGGGCCCUGCCAGCCUCAGCGGCGCCCACCUCGCGCCCUACCAGGAGGGCGCGUGGCCGAUGGUCCAGGUGCCCCCGCACUGCGUGGUGUUCCCGACCUUCUUCAUGCCCAUUGUAGUUCAUGCUCCGGCUGCCGUUGCCGGUGCGGCAUCCUGCGGUGAGGCAGAGCACGCCUCAGAGCAGCAGUACGUGCAGCCUGGGCAGCACAUGGUGCUGCUUCCACAUCAGCUGGGCGACGUGGCCAGCGAGGCGCUGGCACCAGCUGCCGCAGGCCUGCGGGCGCCGGCGCCGGCGCACACCGGCCGAACAGGCGCCAGCCGGCGGCAGCGGCGGAGGUUGCUGCGGGCGAACACCGCCGCCGAGCAGCAGCGGUCGCCGCAGCAGCAGCCGAGCCACGGUGGCAGCGGGCUGCGGCCAGCGGCGCAGGCGGCGGUGUCGAAGUUGAUGCUGGGCGGCGGGCCUGCCGCCCCGGGCGCGAGCGCUGGCGCUGCCCAGCUGACCGCCCCGGCGGCGCGCCUCGACGCGCUGGAGCCGGAGCCAGAGGCCCCCGUGCUGUGGCCGCCGACGCCAGAGUCGACGCCGCCGGGAACGCCCCGAGCCGGGGAGGCCGGGCUCUGGGCGCCCCUCGCUCUUGGCAGGCGGCCGCGGAGGAGGCGCCUGGCGCGGACGUCUCGCCCAGCCCCGCGCCCCUGGACGGCGAGAAGGCCAUAGAGCACGGGCACC